CUUUACUCAUGGAUAAUAUAAACCGGGUAGAAUAAAAAAAAUUACUUCGUUAUCAUUGAGAACACAAACUAUUAGCGUAAGAGAUAAGGGUGAUGACACAGUUUGCACUAGUGCAAUGGAAAUCAGUUGAAAAUGAUGUUGGCAUUCGUGUAAUACGAUUGAUCAUCGGUGUAUAAAAAAAUCAAAGUUUCAAAGUUUAAAACAUUAACAUCCAGAGUGAAGGGUUUAUUGUUCGAUGGAUAAGGGAGGGGUGAAUUUAUCGACGGAUUAAUACAGAUACGAGUUAUUAAAAUGGAUAUGGAAUCGAUGAUGAUGUCAAACGUUUCGUGCGACGGUUGCAUUGACAGCGAUCGUGACUCAGACUCCAACAGUAUGAUCGUGGAUCCAGUGAGUCUUGAUCAAAAAGCCUUGUCACCCCGUCCAGUAGGUAAUAUCAAUGUAACAUCACAUCUGAUAGCAUCAGCAACAACAGCUGUACGUAAUCGUAAUAACAGAAAUAUCAAGAAAACAUAUUCGAUGAUAUCGUCCAGUCAGAAGAUGGGACAAUCGUCGUCGUAUCCGUCUGAGAAAGUUAGUUCGUCCCAAAUAAAGCCACCUUACUCAUACAUCGCCCUGAUAACCAUGGCGAUUCUCCAAUCACCUCAGAAGAAGCUCACCCUGAGUGGUAUUUGUGAAUUUAUAAUGGCGAGAUUUCCAUAUUAUCAUGAAAAAUUUCCCGCCUGGCAGAACUCAAUCAGACACAAUCUCUCCCUCAACGAUUGCUUUAUCAAGAUACCAAGGGAGCCGGGUAAUCCUGGAAAGGGAAAUUACUGGACGUUGGAUCCACUCGCUGAGGAUAUGUUUGAUAAUGGCAGCUUCUUGCGUCGGAGGAAGCGCUACAAGAGGCCACCACCGCAUUAUGUACUUCGUGAUCGUGCCAUAAUGGCGACCUUUGCCAUUUGUGGAGACAGAUCUGGCUGUCCUGGGGGCAAUCAUCCUGCUAGUUUAGCAUAUCCUGCUACGUAUCUCACACCACCACCGCGACUUCCACUUUUGGAUUUUCCACCCUCUGCCUUGGAGGCACUGAAAUUGGGGGGUUUUCUCGAACCCCCACCGCCGCUUUACAAACCGGUGCCGAUAUCAGCGCCACCUCAGCAGAUCCGACAUCUUGUUGGCAGUCCACCGUUGCAUCAUAAUCAGUCGUCAUCGCCGAUGGCAGCGGUUGUACCCAUUUCCCCGGGACAUUCGGGGAGGCAUUCCAUUACGGGGAGUCCUGGGGUCGCUGAAAAAAGGGCGAGUUUUAGUAUUGAUGCACUUAUUGGAAAACAAACCGCCAGCGAACAGGUGAUCGGCGGACUGCUGGAUCUCAGUCCGCCGGAGCAUCGGGAAAUCAGGAGUCAAGCGUCGGCAUUUUCACCCAUUGUUUAAUGACAUUUUCUUGAGUGAGAAUUUUUAUAUUUCAAUGUGUGAGGGAUUAUUCAUUGAGUGGAGGAACGAUUUUUAGAGAUUGAAAGUUGUAGACGUUUUUGAGAGUAUUAGCUCGCAUGGAAAAUAAUUUUGUUAAUUCUUUUUAGCAUUUUUAUGAUAUUUUAUUUGAACAGAUAAUAACGGAACGCGGAUUGGAUUUGCAUUAGUAAAUGAGAUAGGGGGGAUGAAAAAAAUUCUUCGUUGAUUUUUCCGGUUUUUAUUUUAAGAGAAUUAAAAAUCAUUAAAAGAAAUCGGCGAAAAUGAAAAAAAUCGGUGUUUUUUUUUCAUUUUUGCGGUUUUUGAAGGAAAAUAAUUCAUAAGGUUUUAGUAGUUAUUGACAAACAUCGGGUUUUUAUCGUUAAUGUCAUUCACAUUGAUAGAUCAGAAAAAUUGUGAAGUAUUUUAUUUUCACAUUCUAGAUGGAGAAUAUUUUUAUAGCUAAAAAAUGUAGAUAUCGAGGGUAAACCCAAAUUUUUUGGCAUAUUUCAAAUUUAAUGGACUCGAAUGUAGAUGAAAUCAGCGGAAAAAAAUUUCAAAAACUGUGCGAAACGAUUCAAUAGAAAAUACAAAACGCUUUCCGUACUUUCCACUGGAUCGUUCGUAAUUUUUACCCGAGUUUUUCUCACUUAAUAAUUACCAGAAUUAUGCGCCAUGUUCAUUGAACUAUAUUUCUCGAGUAAAGCAACAAAAAAUUGCGAAAGGAAUUGAUAAAAUUGUUUCCACCCUAGUUGACACUCUCAUAUGUUCUCGAAAUCUAUGAACAGAACAAACAAGUUGAGUGGUACAUUUGACAAUGAAUCACAGUAGAAACGAAUGUUAGUAUUUCAGACACAUUUUGCAGAUAUUUUUCAAACACUCAAAAACAUUUAAAUGAAAUUAAUUAACGAAAUUUCCGCACUUUUCAAAUAUAAAUUGACUUAAAUUUUCCAGUUUAUUCAAACGUUAUUUAUUUAACGAGAGCAAAAUUCAACAAAAAAUACAGAAAAUUUUGCGAAACUGUUUCAGAACUUUUUCCGAACAUUUCGCAAUUUACAAAUGAAUUUCCAACUCGAUCUGCCAGUUCCGCCAUUUUUGCUGAAUAUUUCUCGCUCUUCAGUGUUGAAAAAAUGUCUGUGAAAAAAGUUUAAAAUUUCGAGGUUCGUUAAUACUGCGAAUCCCUCAUAGAGAUUUUAUUUGUAGUAUAUAGAUUAUUAUUAUUUUUUAGUUGUAAACUUGAGAGAUCUGUAGAUGAUAAUAAACCCCCUGUAAAUAUGUGGAUCACUGGUCUCAUGUUUAUAAAGUACACGAUCCUAAUUCGAUUUUUCUUUAGUUAUUGUCAAUCGUUUGCUGCAUUUCAAUGUAAGUGAAAAAAAUUAUUAUUCAGAAGUAUCGCACUUCACCACUAUUGGAAUAAAUAAUCAUGUAAAUAUUGAUCGGAAUUAGAUGAAGUACACUGAUAGAAAAAAAAAGAUCUUUUGUCGAAUAUAUUUACCGAUAAUUCUAUACAAAUAUUUCCAUAACACAUGCUAAUGAUGAGUAAAUUUUCUUGUAGUUCGUAAAUAUUCUUGACAAAGGAAUUUUUUUUUUCUCAGCGUAGGACUCACUCAUUCACGUAAAAUGAAUGACAAUGCAAUUGUCGUUGCAGAAUUAUCAGUGAAUAGGUCAUAAUAAUUUUAAGUUUUGGUUGUCAUGUAUAUAUGCAAUAAGGACAAAAUGUAAAUCAUUCAUUUCGUGAAGCCGUAAAAACUAUCUCUUAUAUAUAAGAACUGGUUUGUCACUGAUACCUUAUGUGUAAAUCGGAGAAUGUUUAAAAAACUUCGUCAAAAAUAUUUAUUAAUUUAUUUGGGUGAAUUUAAUCUGAAAGUCACCUGUUGUUUAAUUGAAUUUUUGUCAAUAGAACUUUCGGUUAUAUCUUUACCUCGAACACGAACUGAAAAAUACCAGAAAAAUUACUGUUCCGGAGACUAAAAUCGAGUUUCAAAAUUAUUGAAUAGUGGAAUGGAUUUUACUCACAGAUAAAAAUUACAAUCAAUACCAUAAAUAUUGGAAUGCAAUUUUUAAUUAAUGAUCUGUGGCUUGAAGGUCUAAUUUCAAUGAAAUUUAAAGGUCUAUCAUUGUUUAUUUGAGUUUAAGGCCCGAUUGGAAUUAUUUAAAAAUCGAUACAUAACCUCAAACUGUCAUUACAGAUUGCAAUUAAAGAAAUUAUUUAAUUGCAAUUAAUUAAAGUCGCCAAAUCCAAAUAUCGGACUUUGUUUACGGUUUCCGUAAGCUGCUAAUUAUUCUUGAUUCUAAAAAAGUUAUUAUUUCAAUAAUUUAUUUAUAAUGGCGAUUCGCUAUCAUGUGAGUCUCCCUAACCGGGACUUAAAUUUAAGGCUCUCAAUUAAUUUAUAAUUAAUGAUAAAUUAAUUGAGAGCCUUUAAAAAAUUAUAUCUAGAUCAGUCCAUUUUAUUGUGCUUACUUUCAUUAUUUACUGUGCCGCGCAGCAAUUUGUCGUUAACUCAUUGUGAUUGGCUAACCGUGACCGCCGAAUAUAUCCGAUUAUUGCCGACGUUGGACUCCGUCAUGGAAGCCGUGCCAUCAGCCGGUUAGCGUUCAUCUCCUCGAUGCCCAUUAGACUUUAAAUUUUUACGAGGCUGAUACAGAAUUUUUCGCAAGCUUGCAGUUUGCUUCGAGAUUGUAAGGCAGCACAAUCAUUUUUAUCGGAAUGAUAUUAUAAAAAUUCACUGAUUUUUCACUCCGUGAAUAUCCUGUGACUUCAAAAUUUAUACGCGGGAGAAAAAUGCUUUAAAAAUGACGUACCGGUUCGGUAAUCUGCUAAUUAAAACAGUAUUCAAUUAAAAUCACGGAACAGUUAUGCACUUUUUCAAAAUGACCUUUCAGGAAAAAGUAGAAAAAAUGCAAAACUGUUUCGUAAUUUUUACUGAAUACUAUUUUGAAUGGCAGAUUACGGAAGAGGCAAAUCAUUUUUAAAUAAUUUUUCUCUCCGUGUAAUUAAUGAUUGGAAUUCCGAAUAAUUUUGAUUUUAUUCAGAUAUUUUUUGAUAUCUGAAUUGUCUCCAAAAGCUGUGUAAAAUUAAUCCCUUUAAAUUCCUUCCGUUGUUUUUCGCAAACAUAUAACUGAACUACAUUUUUCCGUUUACAAUUUCAUAGUAUUUUUUAUUAUUUAUUUUUAUUUUAUUUCAUAGUAUUCUUCGAUUCGUUGAGAAAGAAAAAAUCGAUAUUCCUCAUUUAUUUUAUGGUAAUUCUGUUUUCUCAGGAGCAAAAAUUAAAUUGAAUCACAACUUGUAUUUAAUUAUUGAAAUUAAUUAUUGUAAUUAAUUAUUGAAAAGGUGCGACUGUUCAAUCUUUCAGAGGAAUUAAUUUCAAUUUUGUAGUUUAACCCGUUGUCUCGUCUUACUGCGCCCCACUUUUCGCCAAUUCGUAGUAGUGUACGUGUGUCAAUGUACUUCUCAGACGGCGCACCAAUACCCGAACAGACCCCCCACUCCGCUCACACCAAAACGAUGCGAGACUUAUGCGAAGUAUUUCCUUAAGGUGGCUGUCGUGUGCGCUAAAUUUACGAAAUUUUGUGCCGGAAUUUUUUUCAUAAUCAGCUCCGAUAAUUAGCUUUAAAAAGUUCUUCAGAAUAUUUUCGGUUUUCCGUUUCAAUCCCGAGAUAUAUUUUCCUUAACAUGUCGGUAGACGCCAUUUCAACGUUUUUAUUUAUUUUUAAUCAGCGACUUCAAGAACUAGUGUCAACUAAUUUACAAAAAAAUGGAUUUGACGUGCUGUCUUACACCGAAGAAAUAAUUAGGGAAAGUCGGGUGUUUUUUAAAAGUGGGCGGGGCAAUUCAGUUGCGUACGCACCACCUUCCGUGCCGAGCUGAUUCUCGGGGCAUUAGUCGUGUGCGUGCCUUCGUAAACAGGCUUUCGCGCAUGCGUCAGGCGAGUCGUACAGAAUUGUACAAAAGUUUACCGUGUAAUCUGGAUGCGCCGUUCAACGGGUGACUAGUGCUCAGCGGGAAAAAUUUUGGCGCUGCCGCUCUCACGUCACAACCUUAAACAUUGUAUAGUGGAUAUAAAUCGUUUUUUAUUUUCGUUUCGUUGUACAUUUGCUUUGUAUAAAUAGUUUAAAAGGACGAUUACCGACUUGGAACACAAAUUAUAGAAAAAAAUGAUAAAAUAAGAUGAAACUUGUUACCCUACCUCUCUAUAAAAAUGUACCAUGAGAUAUUCUGACUUUAGGUCUAUGCUGACACUUCCUAAAAAUUAAUAUUUAAUUAUCCUAUUUUAUUCUGGAUUAGAAAAAUUCUGUUCUGGUCAACAUGAAAAUCAUUGUAAUAGUAAAAAAAAAAUGCUGUCACAUCAGUGUCAACAAUUACUGUCUAUACGUCAGAAUAAAAGUUCUCUUUCACAUAGCGAAAUAUUCAGUAAAAAUUACGUAUUUUUUCUGUAAUUUCAAAGCGACAUUUAAUAGACGCAAAUUUUACGAAGCUGUCAUGGAAUUUUAUCGGACCGUUCUGUAAUUUUGGUUUUAAUUUUCUGUGAAAAAUUGCGAUACCGUCGCGUAAAUUUUCUUAGCCACUUUCGUAAGUUCCAUAAUUUUUACUAAAUAUUUCUCCCCGAGGGGACUAAUGAUUCAUUAUCAUAAAUUAAUUUUUGUUAGAUUUCGACACACAAAUGAGGUAAAGAUGCGCUUUAAUAGACCACGGGGGUGAUUUUCAUCGGAAAUUUAUCUCCGUGCAACUGUUGCCAAGUUUUUUUAAAGUUCCGGUGGUUCGAUUUUUUUUUUCUUCCAGUUUGACGAAGUUUUUGAGCGAAUUUUUUUUUAACUAUUGACCCAUGUAAGUAUGACUUAGAAUCUGUUAUUUAUUUUCUAGAUACAAAAAUGUGAAUGUAGAGUCGAGAUAUUUACUUUCCUGAAGACCAAAAAUAAAUGAUAUUAUUGGGUACUCUACACGUGCCGUGCAUUUCAGAGAGCAAAUAACUUAUCUGUAUUUAGUGAGAUAAAACAGUAUUGAGUAUGAAUUUUUAAGAAGAAAGGAAAUAUUUGAAUAUUUCUUCUCUUUGUCUAGUUGUGAUGAGAGUUACCAAAUGAAAAAUGUAAAAUACCGCAAAGACAACUGUUUCAAAAAUAAUGAUUAUUCGACACGUGCAAUAAUUUGAAAAAAAAAUGAACGGAAUUUAUGAGCUCAACGUGCGCUGGAAUGAGACGAAAAAUUGUGCAUAACAAACAAA